AUGUCUCAAUAAAGAAAUACACUUUGUCAACAUCACAAUGAAGAAUUCCUUGCCAUUGAAAAAACAGAAUCAGAUAAAAAAGAAAUAAAACUAUGUUUACGAUGCUUAGCUAAUGGGUAUAAAGGGAAUGUUGUUAUUAUUGAUAAAUAAAUUUAAAAUGUCUAGAAUAUGAAAACUCAACUUAUUUAAUCAAGGAAAGAAUAGAUAAAAAUCAAUAUAGACUAAUUAGAAGAUUUGAUAAAAAAUAUUACUACACUCAAAUAGUUCUAUGAUGAUGAGAUAAAUAAAAUUAGUAAAGGUGUGGAAGAAUGGAUAAAGAAAUUUGAAAAUAUGAGGGAUUUAUUUGAAGAAAAUAUUAAUAAACAAGAAGUGAAUGAUUUGUAAGAAUUUUUAAAUUAUAUAAAUUAAUUUCAAAGUACACAAAUUAAGGAAUUAUCAGAAUCUAAAAUUGAUAUUAAUAAAUUAUUAUAAUAGCUAAAGGAACCAGAUAUAUUAUAAGCAUGUGAUAAAAUUUUAAUAAAUAUACAAUCAUUUCCUUAAUUAUUUCAGGAGGUAACGGUGGAAAAAGAAUCAGAAAAAAACAAAAAAGUGGUAAAAUUUUAUUUAUUAAUUUAGAAAUUAAAUAUAUUCUGUAAAGAACAUCAAUCAAACAGAAUAAAAUUUUUUGAUUUGUGGUCAGAGAAAAUAAGUUCUAGGAGUUUAGCUUGUGAUUAAUGUUUUGAUGAUUAUCCUUCAUAAAAUUAUAAAAGUGUUAAAUUUGCUCAUAAAUAAUGGAAUAAGAUUGUAUAAAAACAGCAAUAGAGUAUGUAAAAUAAUUUAUUAAAUGUAAAAAAAACAGUUUAUGUUAUGAAUCAAGAUAUGCAAUAGAUAUAAAACUCUAUAAAGAAAUCUUAUGAAAAUUAUUUUGAGAAGUAUAUUACUAAUUAUAAUUAAUAUGAAUUAAAUGUUGAAAAAAUGAAAUAAGAAAUGAAUCUACCAUGGGAAUUGUUAAAAGAAGAUAAAUUGCUAAAAAUAGUUGAAGAUAUGAAUAAGAGUACAAAUUCUGAUGAUCCCCUUCUAGUUUAGUAUACUGAAUAAAAUGAUUUAGUAAAUCAAAUAAUGAAAGAUAAUUUUCUGUCUUUGUAAGAAUGUACAUUUAAUUAAAUUAAGAAAUUUAAUCCACUCAUAUAGAAUUAAAUAUUUGA